AUGGGCAGGGGCUCGGCCACCGCUCUCAAUGACUGGGCGUUGGCUGCUGCGCAAAUCGGCUUGAACGGCACUUGCGGGGGGGCACGGAUGGCACGAGGGGAUUGGGGGGGGGAGAUGAAUCGAGGUGGAUGAUGGGGGUGAUGGGGGUGAUGGGAACGAAGAGAAGAAGAGAGAAGCAGGCCGCGACCGGUCAAGAGAUGGGAUCGCGAAUAGAUCCAACCUGCCCUUCAGCCCUCAGCCUGCAGCCACCCGAUUUCCUAAUGACCCUAAUGUAUAAUGUAAUCACCCACCUCGCUCUAUUUCGAUCUUUUUGGCAGCCUCCCACUCCAACGCUUGCGCUCGUCUUCUUUCAACACUCUACUCCUCGUGUCUCCUUCAACAACAUUCAACAACCUUGUUCUUCGUCACUCUCCUCCUCACUCUUCAUCUCAACGGCAUCGAGAUCCCCCUCUGUACACUCCCAACGACUUACAUCUCCAACACGAUACACGACACACUCUGCUCUCUACAUUCCGUCUCAUCCACAGCGAUCCACCAUCUACGCCUCAGUCUUCACCACAUUCCCCCCUCCCUCUCCCCCCUGCCCACGUUUGGUCCUCCCACAACCCGCUGCCCCCCUCUCCCUCCGCGUUCAGCUGCACACCACACCACGCCCAGCUUCACACGCGCAUACGCACGUUCGCACGCUAGCACGCUCCCCGCGCCGUCCGUCGACCGGUCGACUCGACUGUUAACCGACGCGCCUCCGGCCUCCGGGCAAACACUUGCUCAUCCAGUGUCCUUGCGCACGCCCCUUUAAAGCAAUCUCGGAAGUGUUCAUGACCUUCUAGACUCCAAUCAACUCUACUAUCUCACGC